UUUCUAUCAUCUGAAUUGAGCUGCUCAGACAUCUUUCUCGCAAGGACACACACAAAACCAACAGCAACCAGGUCGCAGCUUGGCCAGCAAAGACGCCAUGUCACGCCACAACAGGCAUCAUCAGUCAUGUCGUGAGCUGCAUGUCGUGGUGCUGGGUGCUGGAGGUGUUGGAAAGAGUUGCUUAACAGCCCAAUUCGUUCACAAUGAGUGGAUCGAGAGUUACGACCCGACAAUUGAAGACACCUACCGGACACAACUACAGGUUGAUGGACGGCAAGUGGUCUUGGAAAUCCUUGACACCGCGGGCACAGAGCAGUUCGUUGCCAUGCGUGACCUUUAUAUGAAAUCUGGUCAAGGCUUCAUUCUGGUCUUCAGCAUCACGUCAUCCUCGUCAAUGAACGAGAUUGAGAUGCUCCGAGAGGAAAUCACCCGUAUCAAGGACGACGACAAUGUCCCCAUCGUCAUCGUCGGCAAUAAGGCCGACUUGGAAGAGCAGCGGUCCGUACCUAGACAAAGGGCUUUUGCAUGCUCUCAGAUGUGGGAUGCGCCUUACUACGAGACGAGUGCAAGGACACGAACCAACGUCGACGCUGUAUUUAUAGACAUUUGCCGCCAGCUUCUCAUGAAGGACGAGAAGUUUCAAAACCAAGCCGCUCACGAAGACGACGAUCACGAGUACGAGAAAAACCCAGGCCUCAUGGGUUUUGCCAAGCGGAAGCACCGAAGACGCAGACGCCCUGACGGUCACCGAUGCGUGAUUCUCUGAGUUGCCGAUCAUGCCCUUCUAUCGACGACACGUACAAGGCCGAGACGCCCACUAACCACGGAUCUCCCCUACAAGUGGAAGUACCUGGCGCUUUUUGUUGUCAGCAUCUACGGAUCAAACGGUUCACAUUAAAAUUCGACGCAUUCCGCAGUCGGCAUUCG